GUCACUAGCAGAGGCGAUUUGAAAUUGAAGCGGGCGAAAGCGGAAGAAGGGAUAAUAAUAAACAGUGGCUCUGCUAGCGUGAACAUAACCUUUCGUUUUAUUUGAAUGUUUUUAUAUUCACUUUUAACUAACAUGCUGAGCUGUACUUGCGUCCGGUCUUACAUGUUUUUCAUGUCGUGCACUGUUUUAGUUGCAUUAACCCAAGAGAAGUUACCGUUAGUGCAGUUAGCUAACUCGUAAACUCAGUUUAACGUCUUUGUUUUUAUCAGCAGACUACCAUGUCGUUAUUUAGCGUUCAAGCGAGGAAACAUACCGCUUAUUAUGACCAUCUCAUGGCAACACCAUCGUCCAGGACACCGGGCAGGAAAGCAACAGACACAGUGCUUGGAAAAAGUAGACUAACAUCCGGAGACUCUGCGUGUGAAGACAGCAGGUCAUCUGAUAAAAGCCGACAGGUAAACCGGACUUACGUUAUUUCUGCGCUGUCAAAAAGUGGCAGCGGGCAGCAGACUCCAUACCGGAGCCGACUCACCCUUCAGAGGAGGUCAAGGAGGAAGACCGGGGCCGAAACAACGGAGAAAACCAUGGUUGAAAGCAGUCAGAAUACCACGCCAGCUCCGGAGAAGAGACUAACCCUGCAGCGCAGGACCAGGACUCCCUCCAUGGAUAAAAGUGCACAGGGCCAGCGUAAGGUCAGCGGUACUGGCCUGCAGCCAACGCAGAAAGUCCUCAGUGAACCAAACGGCAGAACACCUAGUUUAUUCAGGUCAAUGAGUUUAAGAGAAGCUGCCUCUAAAAGCAGAGAAACUGCUGUUCAUGUGGAAACCCAAGGGAAGCUGGCGCACAACAAGACACCCUCUACUUCUUCCUCCACAGUCAGGCAGCUAGAGGACCAAGCCCAAACCUUUAAAACCCCUACUAAAAAGACCCCGUUUGAGAAAAUCGCAGCCAAGAGAGACGUGUUCGAGAGACUGGCAGGGAAAGAAGUGCCUAAAUCAGUGGCAGUCAAGUCCGCAAGUCUAGAAAGGCCCAAAUUCCGAGCACAGCAACCUGAUGACAGUAAACCUGUCCCAGCUCCUCGAGUUAGCAAGGCGUCCGCAGGUGUGCACAAGCCAAACUCUGCCCAGCAGGUGAGGAAGACAUCCACCUCUAGCCAAAAGGGAGACGUGGCCCAGGCCAGGAUCUCCACUCCUGCUCCAAUUCCGGCACCUUCCGAGCAGCACCUGUCUCGUCCCAGUGAAGCUCUGAAGCAGCAGGAUUCAUUUAAGAUGGAAAACAGUGCAGUGACUGUGGCUGUCCGUGUCCGCCCUUUCAGUACCAGGGAGAAGAAUGAGAAGGCAUUGCAGGUAAUUUUCAUGAACAGCCAGGAGACUGUUGUCCAGCAUCCAGAGUCCAAACAGAGCUACUCCUUCAACUAUGACUUCUCUUUCUGCUCGGUGGAUGAGAGUGACCCCACCUUUGCCAGCCAGCAGACGGUGUAUGAGACACUGGCUAAACCUCUGCUACUGAGGGCCUUCGAAGGAUUCAACACCUGUCUGUUUGCUUAUGGACAAACAGGCUCUGGGAAGUCAUAUACAAUGAUGGGCUUUGGAGAAGAGCCAGGAGUUAUCCCAAGGUUCUGUCGCGAUCUUUUUUCUAGAUUGGUCUCCAUGGAAAAUAAGGAGGUCAAAUGUCAUGUAGAGAUGAGCUACUUUGAAGUGUACAAUGAGAAGAUCCAUGACCUCCUGGUGACCAGAGAUGAGCCAAACCAAAGGAGGAUGCCUCUGAGGGUGAGGGAACAUCCAGUUCAUGGUCCUUAUGUUGCUGAGCUUUCUACGAAUGUUGUGAGCUCUUACAAUGACAUUCAGGGGUGGCUGGAGCUCGGCAACAAGCAGAGAGCCACAGCAGCUACAGGAAUGAAUGACAAGAGCUCCAGAUCUCACUCUGUCUUCACCCUGGUUAUGACCCAGACCACGACUGAGUUUGUGGAGGGCGAGGAACAUGACCACAGCAUCACCAGCAAGAUCAACCUGGUGGAUCUGGCAGGCAGUGAACGAUGUAACUCGGCUCAGACAAGCGGAGACCGACUUAGGGAGGGCGCUAGCAUCAACAAAUCCUUGUUUACCCUUGGAAAGGUCAUCUCUGCCCUGUCUGAACAGGCACUGUCCAGGAAGAAGGUCUUCAUACCAUACAGAGAGUCUGUCCUCACAUGGCUGUUAAGAGAAAGCCUUGGUGGUAAUUCCAAGACAGCCAUGAUUGCCACACUGAGUCCGUCAGGCAGCAAUGUAGAGGAAAGCCUAAGCACUCUGCGCUAUGCCCAGCAGGCCCGUACAAUCAUUAAUGUGGCCAAGGUCAAUGAGGACACCAGUGCCAAGCUCAUCAGAGAGCUGAAGGCUGAGGUGGAGAAGCUGCGAGCAGCUCAGACGAGUUCCCAUGGAAUCGAACCAGAGAGGGUCAGGCUGUUCCAGCAGGAGAUUUCUGCCCUGAAGAACAGACUCUGUCAGCAGGAGAGAGAAAUGGUCGAGGCCAACCGGGCAUGGAGAGAGAAACUGGAACAAGCUGAAAUACGUAAACGUGAGGAAACCAAAGAGUUGCAGAAAGCAGGAGUGACAUUCAAAGUGGAUAAUCGGCUUCCCAACCUGGUGAACCUGAAUGAGGAUCCUCAGCUGUCUGAGAUGCUUCUUUACAUGAUCAAAGAGGGUCAAACGACGGUGGGCAAGCUCAAGUCUGGCUCCAGCCAUGACAUUCAGCUGACUGGAGCCCUAAUUGCUGACCAACACUGUGUUAUAACCAACAUCCAUGGUACUGUCAGCAUCACUCCAAUGGAAAGCGCCAAGACCUUUGUUAAUGGGAACCUUAUCUCAGAUUCCACUGUCCUACAUCAUGGUGACAGGGUGAUUCUGGGUGGAGACCACUACUUCCGCUUUAACCAUCCAACAGAGGUGCAGUCUGGGAAGCGGGUAUCGUGUUGGACAAAUGCAGGCGAUGGCCACAAAGACUUUGAAUUUGCCAAAAAUGAGUUACUCACGGCUCAAAGAGCUCAGUUGGAGGCAGAAAUUGAAGAAGCCCAUUUGAAGGCAAAGGAAGAGAUGAUGCAAGGAAUUCAGAUGGCAAAGGAGGUGGCCCAAAAGGAGCUAUCUGAACAGAGGGCGCUGUAUGAGGACAGGAUCCAUGCCCUGGAAAGAGAGCUGAACGAGGAGAACGAGCGGAAACGCCAACAGGAAUUAGACCAACAGAGGGUGGCCAACCAGAUGGCACAGCUGAAGAUGGCCAAGCUGGAGCUGGAACAGGAGGUGGACACCCACAAGAAACGCCUCCGCCUGCACAUGGAGGCCCAGGCGAUGGAAGAGCACCGUGUGAGUCAAGCCAAGAUUGUUGAGGCCCUGGAGGCGGAGAAGAGAAAGAUCAGCAAAGAGCUGGAGGAGAUGCAGAAGAAAAGAGCUUUAAGGGAAAACCAGACUUCCCGAAAUGUCUGUCCACAGUGGGAUGCCAUGAAGUUGUCCUUGAUGAUUGAGGAAGCUAAUAAGAUCAGUGCUAAACUCAAGAAAAACACAGUCUUCAGCAGACACGAGAGUUCUGACACAGAGAAUCUUGACGAAGGUGGUUUACUGCAGGUUCGGGUUCAAAACACAAAGCUGGGGAUCUCCACUUUCUGGAGCCUAGAAAAGUUCCAGAACAACAUGGCUGCCAUGAGGGAACUCGAACAGGGGGAUUCCACCUCUAAAGAUGACGAUGUGUUUUAUGGCCCUGAUGAUGAGUGGGAGCAAGAUAUAUCGGCCUCCUCUGCCUCCACCUCGUCCUUCUCACGCCGAAGGAGCAGGAGUAUGUUGAAGAGCAGAAGAAUCUCAGGGCGUCUCUACGAGAUCCGGGUCCAUCCGAUUCAGAGCCUCCACAACAGCUCCUCCCAAAAUGCUGGCUUGAUGGGUGUUGCCAAACCUCCCUCCACCCAUUCCAGCACCACAGACUCUGCCUUGCCUGGCAUCUGCAAGGAAUUGAUUGGUCAAUCAGUGGCUAAUUUACGUGGUUGUAAUGGAACAGAGGAGAGCAUGGCUGACAGGUUGGCCUCGGAUCUGAACCUGGUGUAUGCGUCGGUCCAAACUAUAUCCGACCUGUAUGACAGCCUGGAUGAUGACAGCCAGGAGAACGUGUUUGUGUGCAACUUGGUGGCCCAGACUCAGUUAGUGAAGGCCACCGCAGCUAUAGAGAGUGCAGUGUUUGUUACCAUGCAGUGGUUGGCCAGUGUUAAGCCUUCCUCUGGCCUGCUUUACACCAUUGCUGAGGAACUCAAGAGUCAAGUCAAGAAGAUGGGAGGAUUCUUUCAGCUGCUCAUUCAGGGUUGUGAAUCUGAAAUCACAUCCAUGGUGACGGAGGCGCGGAGGAAGAGCAGUCAGUGCCUGGAUGCUGCGCUGCUCGCGCUUGGCCACCUGGCGGCAGUAACUUGCAUGCCGCUGAAUGCUGGGGAGCUGGGUGCACAGGCCACAGGCAAGCCAUCAAUGGUCAUGUGUCUGCUGAAGGGAACCAAUAAAGGUGUUCGCUCUCUUGUAGAGCAGAGCCUCACCAUCACCAGGGAAAUGCUGAGAGAGGCUCAGCUGGCCUAUCCCAGGAACCCGGUUCUGCAUAACCUAAAAUCCAAAACGCUUGAUUUAGCACGUGCUCUGCAGACCUACAUGCACUACCAUAUUGCGGAGAGAGAGUCUGACCCAGUGGAGGUGGAGGAAGGGGCGGAGGAGGCGUCAGCUUCCCAUUUGAAGAAACUGAGGACUACAGCGACCAAACUGUUCCAGCUGAACCAAGCCAUCAGACAGCUGUACUCCUCUGUGUCUGCCGCCCUGCGAGGAAAAGACAGAGACUCCAGCCUCAGCAGCUGCAGAGAGCUGAUCUCCUCCUCUGCCAAGGCUGUUGAAGAGCUGAUCACUGGUCUGUCUAAGGAGGAAGCACUGACUCUGUUCUUGCAGCUCCCCUGUCUUCAGAGCAUCAUGACUGCUCGAGAUGAGCUCUUCUCUGCCCUGCAGUCCCUGUCCUCUCCCUGGAACGAAAAGGGGGCAGGAGAGAGCAGAAGCUCUGCUGCCUCAGAUAAGAGUGCAGAAGAUGAAAUCUCAACUAGAGAGAGCACAACCACUCACAGUGCUGUUAGAAAUCGAGUCGUGAGCAAGAUAGUGUACUCUCUCCAUCCAGAUGUGUCAUCCAAAGGCAGCCCCCACUGGGUGUAAUGUGUACUUGUGUUAUUCUUUAUGAUGUUCUCAUAUCAUGUAGAUUUACUGUAAAAAAAAAAUUAACUGCUGUCAUAGAGAAAAUUUUGAAGUGAGCUUCCUGCUGGUUAUAACAAGUGGGUAUCUUUUUUUUUUUUUUUUUUGUACACCCCACUAUCGCUAACCUUACAUCAGAGGCCGCAAAUAUUGCAGAGACAUACUGUUGCCAUUCAAGUCAAUAAAAUUCAGUUAUAUACACGCUUAUAAUUAACUCUGCUCAACACAUGUGAGUGUGUGUCUUUUCUGAUAUGAUGUAAAUGCUAUACUACUUCUUUUGUUUCUUUACUAAGGUAUUUUUGACACGCAUUGGGGCAAAGACUUCAGUCAAAAGAAAGUAGAAUGUAGUAGAGUUUAAUAGAGUCAUUCAUGAUGGAUAAACACAGUAAUGAUAUGUAACUGGCUAUAGGGCAAAUGUUUACUUGUGUUGCACUAGGUCUUCUCUGUUGUACUAUAUUUUUCAAAUUAUUCAGUGUUGCAUUUUUAUCGAUUCAUACAUGCAACAGUUCAACAUGCAACUGGUUUGUUACAGGGCUUUGUAAAAAAAAAAAAGUAAUAAUAAUAGUAAUAAUAAUAAUGAGAGACUUUGCCCCCAUUUUCUGCUGUAUAUGAUUUCUUGUAUGAUGGUAUAUUUUGUUCUCAUAUUUGCAUUAAGCUUUGCUCUUGUAUGUUGUACACAUACUGUAACAGUUUGCACUCAGGAGAGACUUGUAUACUCAGGGUUUCUUCUUAAUACAUGUACUUUAAUGAAGCAGUGUUUUGUAUCCUUUUAGUCUUUUGUAACAUUUGGUAAAAAGAAUUGAUAUGGCAAAAUAAUAUAGGAACUUGUACUACUACAAUAAAUUCACGUGGCUCGAUUUGACAGAAAGCCCAAAUCUUUAAUAUUGUAGCAUGGACUCUCAGAAAUACAGUACAAGUGGAAAUGUUACACAUAUUUAUCAAAACAGUCAUAUACACACUCCCAAAUUGGGUUACCUUGUGGUGAAUUAAAUACUGAAAUUGUAAAGUC